AUGACAGAGACUCGCGACGUUCAGAGAGAGCCUCCGGCAGCCAAAGUGGAAGAUCAAGUGACUUCCACCGACGAGCCUACAUAUGAUUCAACCGCUAGCCAGCCAAGCUCGCAGCUGCAGUCGAGCUUCUUCUCCGCCCUCCCGCUAGAAAUCCGCCAGAGCAUUUACCGUCAUCUCUGGCUGGCCACCGGAUCAAUCCAACACGUGUACCAGUCCGGCGCGGUGACCACAUUCUCCUUCGUCGGCACGGAUGCCCUCUCGCGCUUCCUCAACACCACGGCGCCUGACUCUCUCGCCCGCAUCACCAAGCUGCAUCUGACAUGGCGAGCCCCGAUAGCGACCUACAUGAAUCUCGACUCGGAGGAGAGCCUCGCAGAAAUGGCCAGGUGGGAGAAGAUGUGGGCCGAGGUGGCCCUCAAGAUCCCUCGCCUCAAAGAGCUCCGGAUCUGGGCGUACCCAUGCUAUGCCCGGUACCCGAUGCCCCAUGAAGAGUGGUUGAGGGCACUUCACCAGUUCGGGAACGUGCCCAAGUUCGACGUCUCUUUCAGGUGGUUCCAGAAUCCUCCAACGCCGGAUACCGGUCCCCUGGACUUUUUGGACGACGCGCCAUUUGAAUACGAUAGGAUACCUCCGGUGCAGGAUAACCCUCUUCACUUCCACUGGCGGCGGUUGAUCGGCCUGCCCCCGGAUGAGCCGCGUCAUCCCGUGAGCCGACGACAGAAGAAGCGGCGAUAUCUCGGGAGGGCGCUGUAG